UGUUCUCUCGUUUUUUUGGGACAACGGGUACAGUGUCCCAGUUUGACCCGACGCGACGCUAGCCAUGGCGGCGACACAAGAUCCGGGCGUCUUAGAAAAAUUUGAGAAAUGGGGCCUGCAGACAAUCAAGUCCCAGUUGCCUCGCGAGACAAGGCACUUGCGCGCCUGCAUCAGGUGCAGGCUGAUCAUGAGCAAGGCGCAAUUCUUUGAACUGGGCUGCCCCAACUGCCGUUCUCUCGAGAUGCAGGAGAACGAGAACCGGGUGGUGGCCUGCACUACUUCAAACUUCUCGGGAUUCUUCUCCAUGGUGAAUCCCGGGGCCUUCGCCUCGCGCUUCAACGGACUGGAGAAGCGAUCACCAGGUUGCUAUGCGCUGGCGGUACAUGGUCGACUCCCGGAUUUGGACGUGGGAGAUGACGACUACGAGCCUGACAUCGAUGAUGGUCCCGAGAGCGAGCUGCAAGGCAGCGCCCAGUUCGCUUCUGGCCCCGCAUCGCCGUCGCAGCGAUCGGAUGAGGACUUUGACAUGAUGAGAUUUUUGGCGUCGCCGUCCCCGGCGCCUGAACGGAAGGGCCCUGCCUCUGCGCGCUCGCGGCACAGCGGUGAGGUGUCACCUUCCCCAUCUCCGGCUCUGAAGGGUUCAGAGGCGAAGAGAAAGAGGCUGAGAAAAGCCGAGGUACCUUCUGCCUCGCCUGCCUUUAGUGCGUCCUCGGACCCUAAGCAGGCACCGGUUCUGAAGGACGAUGAGAGCGCGGAAUUCAGGUAGUGAGUUCCAGUGGAAGUGGAAACCCGUCUUGAGCACGUUCGCCAACGAAAGCGUGCUAUGCAAAAUUCGGGAGCGCAGUGACAGUGGCCGCCAGAAUUUUUUCGUGGCCUGAGCCGCUUUCGUGGCAGAUGGCCAAACUUUGCUGGAUCCCUAAACGAAGACUGAGAGGGGCCUUUAUUUGGCCCUGGCGUGGAGGUUUGAAGAGUCACGAGUUUGUCGAAUACACCCCAAAAA